AUGUCUGUUCCUCCACCACCUCCAUCCCUAGAUCAAAUCGUCAAAAAUCAAAAAGUAUUUUUCAAAGCUCAAUAUUCAUUGAAAAUUCAAGAGCCGCCACCAAUAUCUGGCAAUCACACUAAAUCAUCGAAUGAUACAUUUGUGAAGACUGAUGGGAAGGAUGUUCUCAGUAAACGAAUUCAAAUCGCGACACAUUUUCAUACUGGAUUGAAUUGUGGAAAGGGAUGUAUGAUUUUCUUGGAUCAUGAAAAUGAACUCACUCAUGCAAAUACAUUGUUACAAUUCGGAGGUACUCCUAAUGAGAAUCGAUCUUUGACAUUUGGCUGUGAUGAUAUUUGUAUUUAA